CUCUCACUGCAAGUAAAGGACUAUAAAGCAAUGAGAGCCCUUUAUAGUUUGUAAUAUAUAUAAUCCAGACACCAUGUGGGACAUGUUAUUCUUUAAUGAAGCAAUUUUGUUAGUUGCCUCUUGUAAGUACUAUAUAAUGUUAAACAGUUAGUUGUCUGAAAGCAGCAUCAGGACUCCACUAACGUGGAGUUGGUAAAGAAGAAUCAAUGAGUAUUUCAUUUCUGGUUCUAGCUUUUUUCCUGCAAUAUUGCUUCACAUCUAGCCUUUAUCAUCCUUUAGACCCUCUCAAUUCCACUGAAAUCAACCAAAUAAAGCUCAUAAUUCAGAAAUCUAAACUUGGUGGCCUUCCUGAUCUAACCUUCCAUUCUGUUGAUCUCGAGGAACCAGACAAAAGAUUUGUUCUCAAGUGGUUAUCUGCAAGUAAACAAGGUAAAACUAAUCUUCCUCGUCAAUCCAAGGUGGUUGUUCGAGGUGGGGGCGAGACGCAUGAACUCGUUGUAGACUUGGGCACUGACUCAAUCAAGUCACACCACAUCUACACAGGUCAUGGUUAUCCUCCGUUGACCUUUAAUGAGCUCUUCAAAGCUAGCAAAUUGCCUUUGAGUUAUCCCAAAUUCAAGAACGAAAUGAUCCGAAGGGGCUUAAAUUUGUCUGAAGUUUCUUGCAUACCAUUUACAGUUGGUUGGUAUGGGGAACAUGUUACAAAAAGAGCUCUUAGAGUUCAAUGCUUCUACCGAGGGGGAUCAGUUAAUGUCUUUGCCAGGCCCAUUGGGGGAAUCAGUAUGCUGGUUGAUGUUGAUAAAAUGAAAAUUACAGUGUACAUUGAUACACGACUUAGAGUCCCUUUGCCUAAAGCUGAGGGUACUGACUUUAGAUCCCCAAAGGGGAAGCCUGAUUCUAUCAUAUGUAAUCUAACCAACACCAGGUUGACCAUUGAAGGCCACAAAGUGAAAUGGGGUAAUUGGGUUUUACAUGUAAGUUUUGAUGCUCGGGCAGGAAUUAUAAUAUCAACAGCUUCUAUAUUUGAUGCCAAAUUUAACAAAUUUCGUCGCAUACUUUACAGAGGUCAUGUAUCAGAGACAUUUGUUCCAUAUAUGGAUCCUACAAGUGAAUGGUAUUUUAAGACGUUCAUGGAUGUAGGUGAAUUCGGGUUCGGGCGAGCAGCCGACACCCUCCAGCCAAUGAUCGACUGCCCUGCUAAUGCCAAGUAUAUGGAUGGGUAUGUAGCCGGGGCAGAUGGGCAGGCACAGCAAUUUCCCAAUGUUAUCUGCAUUUUUGAGAGGUAUGAUGGGAAUGUAGCUUGGAGACAUACAGAAAUUAAUGUUCCUGGAAAAGUGAUAAGAAGUGGGGAACCUGAAAUAAAUUUGGUCGUGAGGAUGGUGGCUACUGUUGGAAAUUAUGACUAUGUUCUUGAUUGGGAGUUCAAAAAUAGUGGCACCAUCAAAGUUGGGGUGCAUUUAACCGGCAUCUUGGAAAUGAAAGCCACGUCAUAUACAAAUAACGACCAAAUAACAGAAAACGUUUAUGGCACCUUAGUGGCAGAUGACGUCGUUGCCGUCAACCACGACCACUACGUGACCUACUACCUCGACCUCGAUGUUGACGGUAACGGCAAUUCUUUCAUCAAAUCCAAACUACAAACGGCACGAGUAACAAACAGUAUCGUCUCUCUAAGAAAAAGUUACUGGAUGGUCAUUAGAGAAACCGUCAAAAGAGAAGCCGAGGCUAGGGUUCGGCUAGGCUUAAAGCCAACGGAGCUGUUAAUUGUUAAUCCUAAUAAGAAGACAAAACUAGGGAAUCAUGUGGGUUAUCGGCUGAUUCCCGGACAACCAGUUGCUUCCCUUUUGUCUGACGAUGAUUAUCCACAGAUUAGAGCUGCUUACACCAAGUAUCAAGUUUGGGUAACUGCCUAUAACAAGUCGGAGAGAUGGGCUGGCGGAUUGUAUGCUGAUGGGAGUCGAGGAGAUGACGGCUUAGCCGUCUGGAGCCGCAGGAACAGAGAGAUUGAAAACAGAGAUAUAGUGAUGUGGUAUACAGUCGGGUUCCAUCACGUUCCAUGUCAAGAAGAUUUCCCAGUGAUGCCAACUAUUCAUGGUGGGUUCGAGCUACGACCCGCUAAUUUCUUCGAAAGCAAUCCGUUGCUGAGCCAGCCCCAGAAGUGUACUAAAACAUGUUAGCGGUUAUCUCAAGUUGAAGUGCAUGGAAUAUGAUAUUUAAUUUGUAGGGCAGUUUCGUCAUUGGCUUUAACUUAAACAAAGGGUUUGUGGGCAAACUGUGGAACUUCAUACUAAACGAUCUGUGUCCAUCUGAAUCCACGUUUU